UCCAUGCUUGUUUUGAAAAAGUAAAGAAUUUAAAAAAUCUUGAAAAUAAUUAAAAAUUAAAGCCUUAAACCUUCUUCUACUUCAUUAGAACCCAUUAAAAAGAAACUUUCACAAACAUGGCUCAAGGAGGAAAAAUGAAAACAAAGGCAAAUCUCCCCGCAAACGUCAAAAACAAGAAAAAGCAAGGAGGACAAGCUUUCAAUCGCAAAAAAAAUGCUCCCAUCAAACAAAAGAAACUCAAAAACGUAGAAGCAACAAAACUCAAACAAAUCAUUUCCAAAGCCGUCAAUUCGAACAUUGAAGAAGAAAUGCGACGACGAGCUUAUGAAGGACAAACCACGCUGAGCAGAGUGCAAGAAACUGUCGCAAAGCAUCACAAAUCAAAAGAUGCAAAAAAUGAAGCAGGAACGAGUGCGAUGGAUGAAUAAAUUUGAAUUGAUUUCUUUUUGUAAAUAAAUAUUUAAGAUUUUUUUC